AUAUUCCCCUCUCUACCCUCCGCUCAUCCUCCCUCCCUCUCUCUAUCUCUCUCUUCUUUCUCUCUCCACCAUGCACCAAGCCAUUCCCUACCGCACCUGCACGCGCCACCUCCCACACGCCGCCGCCCUCACGGAUUCCAAUGGCGUCGAUCCCGCCACCGUCGCCGCAAUGGUUUCCGAGAACGCGGUCAUGAUCAUCGGGAGGCGCGGCUGCUGCAUGUGCCACGUCGUCAAGAGGUUGUUACAGGGCCUGGGAGUUAACCCUCCCGUCUACGAGGUCCACGAGGACCACGAAACCGCCGUUGCUCGCCACCUGUCCGUUUCCGACGCCGAAACUCUGCAGUUUCCGGCCGUGUUCCUCGCCGGAAAGUUUUUCGGAGGGUUGGAGAGAGUUAUGGCUACUCAUAUCUCAGGUGAAUUGGUUCCCAUCUUGAAGGACGCUGGUGCCUUGUGGCUCUGAUCCACUCUUAGUUUACCUCUUUUUUUUUUUUUUUUUUUUUUUUUUCUUUUUU